AUGAGAAGCGCCCGUGGGCUCUCUUCAUCUAGACCCAAACCAAAGCUCUCCACUGCAGCAGUGUUGUGCGACAUGUGCAAAGGAGAAGAGCGAGCAGCCGUGAAGAGCUGCCUGAUGUGUAUGAGCUCCUACUGCGCAGCUCACCUGAAGCCCCACCAGACUAAGAAGAGCCUGAAGCAACAUGAGCUCAUUGGACCCAUCAGCAAUCUGACUGAGAAGAUCUGCAUCCAGCACAAGUACCUGCAGGAGUUCUACUGUCGGCAUUGCAAGAUCUUUGUUUGCUGGCUUUGUACGAAUGACCUGCACAAAGCCCAUGAGUGUGUGUCCACGAAAGCUGAGCGCUUGGAGAAACAGGUAGGCAAGGAUGGAUGCUGGAUAACAUGCUCCAAGACAAACAGUAUAUUAGAGUGUGCUAUUAAGGCACUUGAUUACAUGCAAAACCGCUGCAUGCUCUCAAAAAAUGGUAUAUGUCAACACAAAACAUGUUCCCAAUGUCUGUUUGAAGACAGUGAGAUGGUUAAAGUGUGUAAAGUUGGUUACAUCAACAUCUUUAAGUGGGUAUCAAAUGCCACAAUUUUUGACUGAUUGAAGCCUUUCUCGUCCUACAUGUCAAAUGUUAUGUAGAAUUAGUUAAAAGCUAUCGAGAAAGCAGUUCUUUCUCUACAUUUAUACUUUUCAAAGUAUAGAGAAUUGUCUAUAUAAAAAUUAUCAGAGAGAAAAGAGAAAUAAGCAACAGAGUCAGCAGGACAAAGUAAUCUUACUGCAUUUUGCAUGGCAAUUAACUCAAAGGUCAAAUAAUUGACCCUUGAUUUUCUAUGGAGACAAAUUCAGAGUGUGACUCAGCUGAAAAGGUUGAGCUAAAAAUAGCAACAACAAAGUCAACUAAGAAAACAGGAGAAAGAUCCGAGGGAAUAAUUUUCUGGCAGGUUUAGUGCCGAGUUGAAAGCCUCUCUUUAAACAAAUAAUAAUAAUACUUGAUAAACCACAAGAAGAAUAGAGCAAAGAAAUUCAAUUCUUAUCAUAAGGUAAACAACUUGAAUCAAAGAGAGUUGUACGGUCUGACUCUGUCCCUGCUCACUCUCUAUUAUGUGUGGUAGAUUUCUAUUCAAGGUGUCAUCCUUUAUCCUUUAUGUUUCUGACUGCGGCUCCUUCCAGGUUGAGGACAUUCCUGACUGCAUUCCUGUCCAUUCAUGUCGCUCCACCUUCUGAUGUUGUCUUCAGUGUCACAUGUCCCGCUGUUUCCCUGUUUCCUCGUGCUCAUGUCCGACUUAAAUGUUUUGAUGUCAUCCUUCUAGAAAGUGUUGUCUGAGUUGCAGUCGGAGAAUCUGCAGAGGCUGAAAGACAGAGAGCAGGAGCUAAAAGACCUGAAGAAAGUCAUGGAUGUGAUGCAGGUUGGUUGGCAUAACUUUGGGUUAAUUUGCUGCAAAUUUCACAAAAUUAAAGCUACACAACCAUCUUCACACUCUUCUCCAUGUCUGCAAAGAAUUCCACACACAGGACGCAUGAGGACAUGGAGCAGGCUCUGUCAGAGCUGCAGCGCUCAGUGGAGCGUCUGCAGGAGCUGUUGGAGGAGAUUCUGGAUCAAGCUGGACAGGAGAAGAUUAGCCAGGCUCAGGAGGUCUCUGAGAGCCUGGAGGCUGAGAUCAAAGAGCUGAAGCGAAGGGACACAGAGAUGAAGGACCUGGCUCGCUGUGAGGAUCACAUCUACUACCUGCAGGUGCGGAAAUAUCAGCACAUGCUUGAGCAGACUAAAGAUACAGACUGGCUGGGAACUUGACAUCACUGUCUCCACAUUUCAAACCCAGCUACUAAGUGAAAGUACUUUUUUCUCUCCAGACUUGUGAGUCCAUGUGCAGCCCUCUUGAGUCUGGAGACCUGCCCCCUGUACUUGUCAACUCAGACGCCUCUUUUGAACCUGUGCGAGAGGCCGUCUUGGACCUGAGGGAGAAAAUUGAGGACAUGUGCAACAACGAGCUGGGCAGGAUCACCAAACAAGGUCUGUCACAUGACUCCUGUGAUCAGCUGUGGUUUUAGAUUAUCUAUUUUUAACAGUUUCAAGAUUUUUAUCUGUUCUCUUCCAGUAAACGACACGACACUGUUCACCUUGAAAGACUGUGAGUUCCUUUAAAACUCCUUUUUAGCAUGAACAUAAAAUAUUAAACAUCUUUGUGCCUUCUUGGUUAACAUUUAAAUUCUGUUCUGAUCCAGCCAACCAAUCAGGAGUGAAAGGAGGGAUUUUAAAACGUGAGCUUUUUCUCGUUAAAUCUAAAUCUGAUCAAAGACUACAUAUCCCAUGAUCCCAAAGAAGUUGUUCCUGAUUCUCUUCUUUUUUUGCAGUGUUUUCUGGUCUGGGUUCUCGUAACACAAACAGCCGUUCUCCGGGUAUUUCAGGUGGAGCACGAAGUGCAGAAAGACGAGGACUCGGUACUGUACACUUGAUUUUGUUGUAAUCGUGCCAUCACGAAAAGUAAAUCAAUGUGCAGCCCUUGUUUACCUCAAAAUUCACCUUUCAUUCUCAGGUGUAGGCCACAAAACUCCAGACGUGAGGAGUAGAGAAACACCAAAAGGUGAGAGGUCAUGUUUUUUUUUCAAGAAAUCUUCUCCAAUUGAACUCUGACCGAUAGUGUGAGUGUGAAAAAGUCAAACAAGUGGGUGUAAAUCGUUAAAACCAUGCACUUUCCUUGUUUUAGAUAGAGGAAACACGAACUCACCUCGACUCAGAGACAGACUGAGGAGAGGAGAAAGAGACACAGGUAUGUAUUUUUGCUUUAGCAGGCAGGAGGUUAAACAAGCUCUGAUUUCAAAACCUUAAACUUCCUGGUAAAUUGGUGGUGAAUAAAUUGUUUUCUGUAUUAAUAUAAAUAUUAUCCUUUAAUCUUCCCCCUAAUUUGGCCCUAAUUCGAACUCUAUACAUUAAUAUUUUGGGGCUUUUUCAGACCCUUUUUCAGAUACCGUCUUUAGCUGAAACUGUGUUUGGCGUACCCCUCGGUACUAGACUGGGUCCUUUCGUGCUUGUGUCUAAUAUAGCUUUUCUCAGCAAUGCAAAUGAUUCUUUGUUAUGUCUCUUUAAAUCUAAAACCCAUAUUACCAAGACAAUUGUUUAAAAUAUAAUUCUUUUAUCACAUAUUAUGAUUUUUUUACAUAAAAAUCACAGAUUUGUAAUGAAAAGGAUCAGCACCAUUACAUUACUGCAUACUGACUCACAGAUCAUACUACUGUGUCUGGUCCAACCCCAGCUUUAAUCAUACAUCUCUUUUAACAGGGAGGGAGAGCAACCACAGACUCAGCCCCAGACCCAGCCCCACUCCUAACCGUAGAGAGUCUCAGUCUCUCUGGAGCAGCCAGAGGUCCAUCCAGAGCCAGGCUAGCUCUCGUGCGGCCCCAGCUCCUGCUCCAGUCCCUACCCCUCGUGCAGCCCAAGCUCCUACUCAUGUCCCUGCCUCUCCAGCUCCAGCUCCUGCUGCUGCACCAGCAUCAACUGGAGGUACAGUUGAAACCCUUAGAGGAAACAUCACCCUCACAUCAUUUCCUCUGCUGCCACCCUCUGGCAAAAUGUGUACAGUGCAAAUUUGAAAAACAAAUGCCUUGAACAGAGUCUGAAACUUGUUUCAUUUUCUAAUAAAAGGAUCAGGUUUUAGUCGGAUGGCAUCAAUUAGCAGUAUUUUUCGCUCUCAUCGACGUGGCACAACCCCAGCCACCCCAGUUGCCACGACUAAUAACACACCGCCUGCAGGAGGAAACCCAUGUAAGACCUGACUCUUACUACCUUUAUUUAUCUUACAAAACAGCUUUAAAUAUCGUGGAAUAAAUGGUGUUUUCCUAAUAACAUUGAAACCAGAAAAUUCUGCUCAAGUUAUAAAUAAUUACUAAAUAUAGUUUUAUGGUUAUGAUGUUUCUAGUUCUCUUAGUGUGUGAUUUAUGUUAACUUAACAGGGGGGAUGGCUGCUCUGCCUGAAACACCAACAGUUGGUAAGACACCUGUCUCGAUAAACUUGAUCACAUUUCAUAUUUUCCACUGGCUAAAUCAGUAAGAUUCAAGAACUUUCCAGUCUAUAAAGGAGGUUUUAACAUUGUUUUCUCACUUUACAGUCAAUCCUGGUCUUUUCUUGGACUCCCCCAGUCCAAGUACCUCGAUCCAGGCUCCUGCUUUCCCUGCAUGUGAGUUUGUGUGACUGCAUCCCUGUUUCAAGACAGAUGUGAAACUAAAACUAAAGGAUCACAUUCAUUCUUUUAAUUUGAAUAUUGCACUUGUAUUUGUAGUAACUUUGAUAUUGUUGGUUUUUUUAGUGAGAGAAAUCAGCAUCGACAGCAUCCAGGCCCCGGAGCCGAGAGCCAGGGAGGAGUUUCUGCAAUGUGAGUCUCAAAGUUUGACAACAUUUUUAUUCAAAUUAUCCUUCCACGUCUCCAAAAGGGAUUUACUCUGACUUUAAACAAAUAUUUCAAUAAUGUUAGUGAGUUUCAAUCAAACCCUCUUUUUUCCAGAUUCUGUGAACUUGACCCUCGACCCUGACUCAGCCCACAGACGUCUGGUUCUCUCUGAGGGUAACACUAAAGCCACCCUGCAAAGUGCUGCUCAGCCAUAUCUUGACACCCCCCAGCGUUUUGACGGCUGGACCCAAGUGAUGUCCCCAAGCCCGUUGUAUGGCCAGCGCUGCUACUGGGAGGUGGACUGGAGAGGAAGGGGCUCGUCUAUAGGUGUAGCCUAUGGUGCAUUAUGCAGAAAAGGCUCGGAUGCAAGGUCCGGACUCGGGUAUAACGCUCAGUCUUGGACCCUUGAGCUGUCAGACACCUGCUGCUCGGCUAUGCACGACAACGAGAAGCGGGAUAUACCAGUCACCUAUUCACCCCGCCUGGGCGUCUACCUGGACCUGUCUGCUGGGACACUGUCAUUCUACAGCGUUGCAGACACCAUGACGCACCUUCAUACAUUUCGUGCCAACUUCACGCAGCCUGUUUAUGCUGCUUUUGGUGUGGGCAGUGGAGUCGGUGUGGGUCUAGACUUCGCCCUUGGUCAGUUUAGCUCCAGCACUGACAGCAUCAAGAUCUGUCCUAUGUGA